AUGGGCUCCCGAAUGGCCUUUAUUGGUCUGGGAGAGAUGGGCAAAGCAAUGACUCGCAACCUUCACCGCGAUGGAAAUCUAACCAGCCCCUUGACCCUCUGGAAUCGGACCCAGAGCACCGCGGACGCCCACAGCGCUGACCUCGGAGACUGCAAAGUGGCCGAAACCGUGCAGGAGGCGGUCGAGAACUCCGACAUCAUCUGGUCCUGCCUGCAGGACCAGUCCGCGGUGGAGCAGGUCUUCGACAAUAUCUUCGCGGCCGACGUCAACAUCACCGGCAAACUGUUCGUCGACAGCUCAACCAUCGCUCCGGAAUGGUCAAAUGCCACAGCCAAACGGGUCAUCGAAGCCGGGGGGGAGUUUGUCUCGAUGCCAGUCAUGGGCGAGCCUGUGGUAGCAGCAGCCAAGAAACUCAUCUGCAUCCCAAGCGGGAAGCCCGAAUCGGUUGACCGAAUCCGACCAUAUUUGGAGGGCGUGGUGUGUCGGGCGAUCGUCGAUCUGAGCGGAGAAGAGCCGGGCACUUCGUCCCUGCUGAAGCUGAUGGGCAACUUCCUGAUCAUGACGACGAUGGAGACGGUGGCGGAGGUCAAUGUCUUUGCCGACAAGUCGGGAAUCGGCACCAAGAACAUGAACAAGCUGAUGGGCGCCAUGUUCCCCAACCCGCCGCAUGCCAUCUACAACCACCGCAUGCUGACGGGAGAGUACUACGAAGGCACACCCAUCGUCGAAGUAUACAAGGCAUUGGCCCUCACAGGCCAGGUGCUGGAUAUGGCCAAAUCGUGCGGCGCCUCCGUCCCCAUCUACGAGGUUGCCCGGGAGCACCUGAAGCUAGUGCAGGAGCACGAAGGCCCCAAGGCCGAUAUCACGGGGAUUUAUGGCGCUGUCCGGGUGAAGAGUGGACUGCCCUAUCGGAAUGGCGCCGCGGAGGGGAGCAGCCAUGAGAAUUAA